AUGAAACAAGCUCUUGCCUGCCAGAAUUUUGAUACAAUGCAGUUUGGACCAUCCUAUUUCUACAGCAAAAAAAAAGAUGUCAAAAAUUUACUUAUCAAGCAAUUUGGAGAAAACUGGGAAUCGCUGCCUGAAUUAGAGUGGUACAAAAGACUUUUGUGUGAAACAGUAAAUACAUUAUCACAAAAUAAAGAAGAAAAGGUUGAUGAUGAAGAAUGUGAUUGUAUUGAGCCGGACACGGGUACAUUAAGAGUG